UCCCAUAAUCCGAAUGGUAGGCGGCUGAUGACGUCAUUACUAGGGCCUGGUAGGGCGGGUUCGGUUCAGGCGGCAGAAUUGGGUCUUGAGCCUGCGGUGGACGUCACUGAAUUCGGCUUGACGUCAGGGAGAGAUCCAGACAACACCUUUGGGUUCUCUUUCCUGUCUCCUAUGGAUGAGUCUGAGAGUCCGGCCAGUAUCUUGGCCUCGGUGAGAGCGCAGGAAGCACAGUUUGAGUUGCUGUCUCGUGCUCUGGAAGAAGAGAGGAGACACGUCACUGCUCAGCUGGACCGGGUGUGGGUGACCCCUCAGGAGGCCACUUCCACCCUAGCCAAUGGCACCCUCACCCGUCGCCAGCAGAACGGGAGACUGGUUCACCCCCAAGAGGGCCAGCGGAAAAAAUAUACAGAUAUACACACCUCUCAGGAUCAUUCACCUGUUUACUCUCCGACAAGGAUGGAUACUCACAGUCAUCCUCUUGAUGAGACUUACCCACCAGAUGGUGAUCCAUCCUACUUGUCAUACACGAUGCCUGAUGAUCCCCGACUCAAUGAUAUCACAUUAAAACCCUCUGUGGGGUACUCGCAGACGUUAGAUCGACCUUACCGGGACGUUAGUGGCGGAGUUGGUACCUACACCACUGUGCCCCGCAAUUACCAUUUUCGUGGACCUGGUACAGAACCAAUGCAAAUGGUUCAGCCUCAACAGCAUCCUGGCUACAGCAGCUUGUCCAGACCAAAUAACCGCUACCGUACCGUUGAGUCCUAUAGGGGUCCUGGUUAUGGCGCUCAGCCCCAAGUCAGAGGUGCUGGGUUUGGAGGCAGUCAGUCUGAUCUGCUUUCAGUCAGGUAUGCAUCUGAGGAUACUUAUGGACUGGAAGAUGAUCGUAGGAGCCUUGGAGGCUAUGUGGAUGGGCCAGAUUAUUCCACUGGUGGGCGGAGGGGCCCCAGUGCAACAGACCCACGUAGACGAUUAAGGAGUUAUGAGGAUCCACUGGGCGAUCAUUAUGGAUCAUCCUUGCCUCAGUCUGGAAGUCUUUCCAGCCUUGGACCUGCUCCAUUAACUGUUGUCCCCAGCGGCCCUUGGCGGCAACCAGAACUGCCGGAAGUUCUUGCUAUGUUGAGUUACACUUUGGAUGCUGUGAGACUGAAUGCUGCUGCUUACUUGCAGCACCUGUCCUAUCGUAAUGAGGAGGUCAAGAAAGAGGUUUGCCGUCUACGUGGAAUACCACCCCUGAUCAGUCUCCUGGAAGAUUCAAGGGCUUCUGUCAGGCUUGCAGCAUGUGGUGCACUAAAGAAUCUCUCAUAUGGCCCUGCACGGGAGAACAAAAUGGCUGUAAAGAAUUGUGAUGGCGUGCCAGCUUUGGCGAGACUCCUGCGCAGGAGAGGAGAUGGGCAAGAAGGGAGGGAGAUGGCUGAGUGUGUAACUGGCACUCUUUGGAAUUUGUCUUCUCUGGAUUCUAUCAAAAUGGAGCUUGUGGAUCAAGCCUUGUACACUUUGACCCAGGAGAUCCUGGUCACCUAUUCUGGAUGGCAAAAAGAAGGUGUAUUGGCAAAUGCAGAGAAUGGGAAAUCCCAGCAUAUUGAAUGGGAACCAGCUCUAAUUAAUACAACAGGUUGUUUGAGAAAUAUCUCAUCUGAACGAUCUGAAGCACGCAGGAAAAUGAGAGAGUGUGAGGGGCUGGUGGACUCUGUAGUUCACAUAUUGAGGUCAGAGGUUGGUCAUGGACACGUUAACAGCAAGCUUGUGGAGAACGCUGUGUGCCUGCUUAGGAAUCUCUGUUACCACAUUCAUCGUGAGAUCCCACAGGCUGAAAAAUAUCAGGAAACCCCACAAUCCACUAAUACAGAACCACAAAAUCCUAGUUGCUUUGGUGUGCGACGUGGUAAAGGAAAAAAGACUCCUGAAGAGGCACCCGACAGUGUGGAUUUUCCAAAGAGAACAGUUCCCGCAAAAGGUUACGAGUUACUCUUUCAGCCAGAGGUAGUACGUCUCUACAUUUCUCUUGUGAAGUUGUCACAUGCACCUGCUAUCUUGGAAGCAGCAGCUGGAGCAAUACAGAACCUUUGUGCUGGAAACUGGACUUAUGGUCGUUGUAUUCGUGCCGCUGUCCGUCUGGAGAAAGGUCUUUCGUCACUUGCUGAUCACCUCACCCAUGAGAAUGAGCGUGUUGUACGUGCCAUUUGUGGGGCUCUGCGAAAUCUUUGUGGAGACAAUCGGAACAGAGAGCUGAUUGGUAAACAUGCUCUUAGCAGUUUGGUUGCUCGCCUGCCUAGCUCUUCUCCGCAGUCAAAUACAGUUUCAGAAGAUACAACUGUGGCAGUGCUUAGCACCAUCCAGGAAGUUAUCACCGGAAAUUUGGAGGCGGCUAAGAAGCUGCGGGAGAGCCAAGGAAUUGAAAGGCUUGUUCUCAUCAACAAAGGAGGAGGGCGUUCUGAUCGAGAGAUUCGUACAGCUGGUUUCUGCCUUCAGACUGUAUGGGGAUUUAAAGAGCUUAGACGACCUUUGGAAAAAGAAGGAUGGAAAAAAAGUGAUUUCCAGGUGCCUUUAUCAGGCACAGCACAACCUCAGGCAUAUGAUGACAGCACACUCCCUCUUAUUGACCGCAACCAACAAACUGGUAACUUUUCUGAAGGUAUUGACAUUCCACUGAGUGACAUUAGAACAGAACCAUUCAAUGGGGAAAACACCCGUCACCUAAAUCUUUCAGGAGAUCUCUCUGAACUGGAGCCUCUCAAGGAAAGGUCUCUCAGUACUGGGGGAUCUUUGGAUCUUGGGGAUGCUGAAGACCAACCAGUCUAAUCCUGCCUCUUUCAUGUGUAUGUAA